UGUAUAUGCCCUUGUCAUUCACUGCACAUGCAUGCUGGCAGCCAAGGUGGCUAAUGCGGUAGCAUACUUAUCUACUGCCCGCUUUAUUGACUGUCCCUUCGUUUAUAAAAUUAAAAAUGUCGGGGGUUUUAUAUCGCAGCGCAAUGCAGCUGAUAUCAGGACCGACUUUAACUUUUGGCUGCAGGUCUGCUGUCGGUAGCGUUAGCUGCGUCAGACACAGUCACUGGUUUGCAUCAGUGCUUUCACUAAAGACAUCAGUGCCGUUAAGAGCAGAGCCAAAGAAAAAGAAGAAGGUUGACCCUCGCCGGGAGCUUAUAGCGAAAGAACGACUGAAGAAAAAGUUGAAGAAGCUGGAGAAAAUCCCACCUGAGCUCAUCCCUAUUGAAGACUUCAUAACCCCAGCCAAGUGCUUUGAUGAGACCAGAGUCCGUAGUGCUCCUAAGCUGUCCUUUGAGGAGAGUGAGAGGAGGGCACUGUUGCUUAAGGAAUGGUCCAGAUACAAACACUCCCAGCACCAGGCUGAGAAGGCAGCAAUUGAAGAGGCCCUAAAGGCUCAGACACAAGCAUUGGAGGAGCUGAAACUGGAAUCAGAGGAGCUCUACAAAGCAGCACUCAGCCCUGAUGAUAGCCUCUUCCCCUUCCAGCGCCAAGGUCCCUGUUAUACACCACCCAUUCCAAACCACGAGGCCCCUGAUGGCAAAUACAAUGACAUUACACGAGUGUACACGCAGUGAUGGAGUCCAGAGACUGCUGCAAUUACACAUGAAACGUGUGAUGGAACUGUGCAUCUAGUUACCACAGCGUAUCCAGUGCUUUGAAAUUGUUGGAGUCAUCUUGAUAGAUGAUCCUGACAUGGAGCAGUAGUGCUGCUGCUCACCUAUGAGGUUCCCGACAGUGUUAAUUUAACUUCUGUAGAGACGGUGUAAAGGGAGAUUCUUAAUCUGAUGAAUUAUGCUCAGCCAAAUGAAAACUGUCACUGUCACACAAAACAAUCCUUAUAACAUAAUGUUUUUGGGGGGUUAAGGGAUACCGAUACGGGAAUUGUGGACAGAUGUCGAUAUUUUUUUAUUGUAAUAUCUGUGCGUGUUCAUUCAUAAACAUUAAUAAAAUGUAGAAAAUGGGGAAAACAUCCACUUGGGUUAAAGAAAAAAUAACAUUUCAUUCUGUAGGGUUACAAAUGCAGUAAACUAAAUAAAUUGGAGACAUUUUUGCACUGUA